AGGUCAAAACAUAACGAGCGCGGGUCACCGCAACAGGAGCGUGUCUGGAGGUUCCCACGAUUAAAGAGGAGACGGCUCGUUCCGUGGGAGCGGCCCUGGACGCGAGGACUGUCCGGCAACAGCCCCCGCUUCGCAGUUACCCGAACCGGCCCCGCGGCCUUUCUCGCCUCCCGGACUGGGCCCGGUCCUUUCGGCGGCUGAGGGGCAGAAUACAGACGACGCCCGGCGGGUCUGUCUGGGAGAAGCGCUCCAGAUGUGGUGCCCGCUCAAGGGGAGAAACCCGUUCUGGAGUGGUAGCUGACAGCUGCGCGGAGAACCUUAUCAAACUGGAAAGCAGAGACGGGGAGGUACACCGGGAAACAAACAGGGAUUCAGCCAACCCAGUACGAAGCAGACGUCGUUUCCUGGUUACGGACAGUGCGCGGAGGAGGUGCUGCAAGAUGGCCUGUUCUCAGCUUGUGUUUUUCCUAACCCUGAGCUGCUUGCUGGUUGCUGCUGUGGAGAUACAGAAACCCAGGGGGGUGCCUCUCACCAAUCGCCACUUCUACGAGGAGUCCAAGCCCUUUACAUGUCUGGACGGUACCAAGACCAUCUCCUUUGACCGGGUCAAUGACGAUUACUGUGACUGCAAGGACGGCUCCGAUGAGCCAGGGACGUCUGCCUGCCCCAAUGGGAACUUCUUCUGCGCCAACACAGGCUACAAAGCCCAAUUUAUCCCUUCUUCACGGGUCAACGAUGGAAUCUGCGACUGCUGUGAUACCACAGAUGAGUACAACAGCGGAGCUGUAUGUGAAAACACCUGCAAGGAGCUGGGGCGCAAGGAAAGGGAAAGCCUAGAGAAGAUUCGAGAGAUCACUCGAGAGGGGUUCCUGCUCAAACAGCAGCUAAUAGAAGAGGCAAAGAAGAGCCGGGAGGAGAAACAGAGGACGCUGGGGGAGCUGCAGGAGAGCAAAAAAGGGAAAGAGGAGCAGGUGGAAGCCUUACGGACUGUGAAGGAGACAGCAGAGCAGCCAGAGAAGGAAGCCAGGGAGCGCCACCUCAAGGCCUGGGAAGAGCAAAAGGAAGGCCUCAGAGUGGAAAAGGAAAAGGCCAAGAUGGCAGAGGUUUUCCUGGAACUGGACGAUGACGCGGAUGGGCUAGUCUCUGUGUCUGAGCUGCAGACCCAUGUGGAGCUGGAUCCAGACUCUGAUGGCACCCUCUCGGACACUGAGGCACAGGAACUGCUAGGGGGAUCCACUCAGGUAGACACUGCUGCCUUCCAGAACACUGUGUGGAACAAUAUCAAAGACAAGUACAAAUCCGAGUCCCAACAUGAAGGCCUGGCACCCCCACCAGAGGAGAGCCGGGAUCCCUCCUUGGACAACGAGUCGGACUCUCACUAUCCCGAUGAAGAUGGGGGAGAGGAGGAGGAGGACGAUGACGAUGAAGAGGAUGACGAAGACCAUGAAGAUGAUGACAAAGCUCCCCCCGUAGGACGCCCUUCAGAGAAGGCAGAGGAAGAGGAGCCAGCCAUGCCGCCCUAUGAUGAAGAAACACAGGCUCUCAUUGAUGCUGCCCAGAAGGCCCGCGAUGAUUUCAAUGAAGCCGAGAAGGGUCUUCGCGAAGUGGAAGAUCAGAUCAAGAGCCUGGAAAAGGAGAUCUCCUUUGAUUUUGGGCCGAGCGCGGAGUUCUCCUACCUCUACAACCAAUGCUAUGAGCUCACCACCGGCGAGUACAUCUACAGGCUAUGCCCCUUCAACCGCGUAUCACAGAAAUCGAAAUACGGGGGAUCUGAAACAAACCUGGGGUCCUGGGGUUUAUGGGCUGGCCCAGAAGAUAAGAAAUACUCUGUGAUGAAGUAUGAGCAUGGUACUGGCUGCUGGCAAGGGCCUAAUAGGUCUACUGUGGUCAAACUCACCUGCGGCAAGGAGACUACAGUGGUGUCCACCACUGAGCCCAGCCGCUGCGAAUACCUCAUGGAGUUCACCACCCCUGCCAUCUGCCAGGAGCCCCAGCACCCUGAUCUGUUCCCACAUGAUGAAUUCUAGGCUGGAGUGGACUUCAAAAAAAAAUUGGACCGGGUGUAACACUGAAAAAAAAAAACAGAAGUGAAGAUGUUUUGAUCUUUUUUUUCUCAUUUUAACAAAAAAACCAAACACAAGCCACGUAAUGUCAAAAAGUCAUCAUUCCCAGCUUCCGGACAAGGUGAUCCGUCCCCCAGCACGGUGUGCACAGUGGCCGAGGGGUUGGGUCCUGGAGAUGUGGGUAGCUCUUUGUCUGGGAAUAUUUUUUGUUUCCUUUUUUAUCCUGUAGAAAAAUCAAGAAACACAAAAGAGCCCUUUGAUACGGAAAGCCCAUCCACCAGGCUUGUGACUGGUCACUCUGGUGGUCUGAUAAAAGGCUGUGUUUGUUCAGUGUGCAGCCUGAAUGGAAUUAUAGCUCGUCAAACUGGUUCUGUUGUCCCCUCUCACUUUGUCUCAGAAUGACAUGACUUUCCGUUACAAAUGUUUUUUUUUCUUCUCUCAAGAAGUAACUGCUGUAUUUUAUAUCACUGACUCAUCGGUUAUUGGCAAUUUCCAUCUGAGCUUCCAGUUGAACUUUUGCCGUAAGGAUAACUCUGGGUUUUACAUGUUAGGGUCAGUGUGACCUUUGAACUCCUUGUACCGUCUUGUUUUGCCAUUGGGCAGAUUCUUGAUCAUGUGAGUUUUCAGUCCAGUGUUGCAAAAGUUCACAAUAUGUAAUAGCCAGUUUCUAAACAUACAUAGUUUACUGGUCAUACAAGAACUCCUGAAACACGGGAACGUUUAUUGAAUUUGCUAGUUUUUUAGGAGUUGAAAAGGAUGUUAAAUUGCCCUGAUCUUUCAGAUUAAUUAUCAACAGCUGAUCAAUAAAACCUUAACUGUAGUCAGUCAGAACAGAAAGUGAAUCACUGCAUUUUGAACUUGCCAUGCUUCUGAUGUAUGAUAAACAGGGGAUAUACAGUAGGCAAUACUGUUAAUACAGUGGUUAACUCAAGUAAAGCCUGAAAGGCACCUGUCUAUAAACAUCAUAGUGUUUUCUGUAAUCAAUAAAACAAACAGCUUUUCAACACAUCACGCUUUUCUUCUUUUCUAAAAGCACAAUAAAAUAAGUUGGGUUUUUUUUUGCAAAAACACAUCUUGCUUGCUUGUCUGCUUGCUUAUCCUUCUAUCACUUUGGUCUGUGGUUUUGGAAUUCAGUGCUGUGUUCGAUUUCCAUAGUUUGUGUAUCCUCUUCUGAUGAGCACUGGUUUGGUCAUCUGCUUAUUGCUACAGCUUUCGAAACUGCAUUUGAAACUUGCAGGUAUGUCUUGGUUGCUCCUGUGAUCUGUGUUAGACCUGUCCUGAAACUGACGUUCUUUUGCAGAGCAUGUUACCAUUAACCAAUUUUUAUUAUUCAAUGUUCUUUUGUAUUUUCUUGUCAAUCUGGACUGUAGUGCUUAUUUUUUCACAAGCUCAAUGGCAGUCUCCAUAUGUAAAUUCUUUGUGCUUUCAUAUUCUUAUUUAGCGGAUUGAAGAUUUUUUAGAUCCAUUGUGCUUAAUUGAUAUCUUAAAACAGCUUAUUUUAAUGGUUUGGAUAGUGCGGGCACUGUGAAAUAUCAGAUGUUCAUAACUUUGGUUAAUGUCAGCACUUGGUUUGACCUCAAUAACUUUUUUUCAGUUAAUUCCAGCUGUCAGUUCCGUGCUCUUUUGUGCAUCUGUUUUCGAAUCUCUUGUCAAAGUCAAAUCUGUAAUCAGCUGUGUGAUUGCAAUUCUUUCAAAUGGAGAAGCUGUGAUCUGGAGCUAUUAACUUGUUAAAUGAUAAAUACCUCUGUAGUAUUUCUGUUUUGUGGGGACUGUGCUGCUCCUCUGAGGAAGAAAAAAGAACCAACACGGUGGUGGUCGCUUUAAUCUUUAAACAGGGAUGUGGGACUUAAGGCUGGAGGCCGAUUUUAACAUUUGUUGUUUUUUUUCCUUAUUGCAUCCCUUUGAUGAUUGAUUUUUUUUUU